GGACACAACUGCCUGAAAGCAGAGGGUCUUAGAGUCAGCGCUACAGCUGAGAGAGAGAGAGAGAGAGAGUAACUGUACAGCAACUGUGAGGUGUGAAGUGUGAACCGACCUGUUUGUGUGUGUAAUUUUAGAAACACUAGUAAAUAAGUUGAUGUAUCGUUACUGUGUCAGGUGUUACUUUUUGAAGGACCAAACAAACCCUAAACCUCCUCACUCUGUAAGGCUCCUGAAAGUGGCUGUGUUUUCGGCAGUGUUGGCGGAUGGCUGUAACUCAGGCUGUACUGCCCUCAUUCAGCUCAUUCUCAAACUUCAACAAUUCUACAGACAACAUGACGAUGUGGAAGUUUGAGGACUGCCCCAUGAGUAGCCUCCACUCUCCAGCUGAGAGAAGCGUGUCUGUGAGUGCCGACCACACAGACGCCUCCCAGCACCUGAGACACCAACACCAUGGCCAGGACACUGAAGCAUGCUGGGAUAUGGAGCUUUUGCUGUCAGAGUGGGGCAGUACGUCUCCGGACCAGACCGGUGCUCAGAACUACACUUCCCAGCAUCCUCUGCUGCAGGACGGAGGCGGGCAGAGAGGUCAAGCCAGGCUGGACAUCCAGCAGGUCAAUCAGUCAAGCUCUCUGGUGGAUCUUCUGUCCAAUGAGUGCAUGACCUCAUCUCUGCCCACAUCCCUCUAUGGUGCUGCCUACAGCACAGAGCAUCAUGGGAAAGGUGUCCAGAACCUCCCCCUUUCCCAUGUGCCCAGCUUCCAUCACCAAAGUGACUGCAAAGUAAGGUCAUGGGAGUUUGGGCACCACUACCCCCACCUGCCCCACUUUUCUGAGGGGGCAGAGCCUCUGGAGCCGCUGGCCCCGCCCCCACAUUAUCAGUACAACUUCGUCCAGAGCCAUGCGCACACCAGGCCCUACCUGCCCCAGACCGGAUAUGCCCACUUUCCUCCCUCCCACACGCACAACCCUAGUGUUUUCGCAGACUCCACAGCACCCCCUGCAGCAGUGGAGGUAAAGCGCAGCCGCAGGACAGCGGGCAGGAGGAGGGCAGCUAUGCACUGCUGCAGUUACCCCGGCUGCACCAAAACAUACACCAAGAGCUCACACCUUAAAGCACACCUGCGCACACACACAGGUGAGAAGCCGUACAGCUGUAGCUGGGAUGGAUGUGGAUGGAAGUUCGCCCGCUCUGAUGAACUGACGCGUCACUACCGUAAACACACCGGCCUGAAGCCGUAUGAGUGUGUUCUGUGCCAGCGGGCCUUCAGUCGCUCAGACCACCUCGCACUGCACAUGAAGAGACAUGCCUGAUACAGAAACACACAACGCAUGCACAACGUACACACAACACAUCCACACUUUACCAGGGCUGGGAAAAAUCAAUAAAUUAUAUUUUUUAUUAUUUGAAACCACUGGUAUAUAAUAGGGAAAUCCAAUAAUUCAAAAUGUCUACAUGAACCUACACAUGUCUUCUGAGUUUUAUAUGGAAUGUUGAUGAUGGGAAAAUAGUGGAAAAUCUGAAAUAAUAAGUUUUCUUUGGGGACUAUUUUGCCUCACAGCGCAUGUAUCCCUCCACCAUCAAUGGAUUUUAAGUUCUCAAAACUAUCAUAAAACAAUGUCUCAGACAUAAGGCAGUGUAUUCAUAACCAUUUCAUGCUAUUACUUUCUGUGAGGGAGCUCUUAAAGGUGGACAUCUGGCUCCUAUCACCACCAAUAAGAGACUGGAGCUUCAGACCAAAGAAAGAAAAAAACAACAAAAAAAAAUUAAUCAACUUAUCAAUUUAAUGGCCGUUAACAUUAAUAAUCGAUACAUAUGUAAGUGGUCCCAGCCCUGUUGGAGAAAAAGUUUGUCAGAAAAGCUACACAAUGUUCCUCUUUUCACAGAUGUAAUAAAUUAGCAAAGACGUGUGUGGAGUCCAAACUGAGCGCUACAACACGAACGCAGCUAACAAACAGUAGAAGUCAAUAGUCACCAAAAUCUUUUCCUGUAAAUACAUCCCCAAAACAUCUCUCAGCCACUCAACCCACAUCCUGGUCUUCAAUAAAACAGCACAGACUUGUAGAUUUUAGUUUAGGACACAGUAUGAGACUUAAGACAGCAGGUGUUGUGCUGAUUUCUGACUCCUAGCAGAAUCCGAGACCCCUUCAUGUUCACACACUUUACAUAGGCAUAUGGACACUAGACUACGUUCCUGAUUUUUUAUAAAUAACUGUUUAAUCUUCAUUUUCCUAACUGAAUAUAUGCAUUUAUAAAAAUACACACAACAGAAAUUGUGAAUGUAAUCUAGUGUGAUGUGCAUGAACAUGAAGGGCGUUGGAUUCUGCACAACACCUGCUGUUGUAAAGUGUCUAAAGAGCUAUACCGUAAAGUUUUGUUCAUAUUUAUAGUUCAUGUGUAAGUCAUAAACAAGUCUGCGCCACCUUAACGGAGACCUGGAUGUGGUUUGAGCAAGCUGAGACAACAUUUGGGGAUGUAUUUACACAAAAGAUUUGGGUGACUAUUGACCUAUAGUGUUGGCAGCAUUAGCUUCGUAGCUCCAGUUCUAAACUAAAGAAGCAAAAUGUGGUCAGCAAACGUGUUUCUGCUCAUUGACUACAUCUGUAGUCAGUGGAAUAUUGUGUAAUUUUGAAUUUUGGCCAAACUAUUUCUAUAAUAUACCUAAUAAACGUCUACAUACACACUAUAUACACACACACACACACAGAUAAAACUGACAUGUAUAUAACAGAGAAUAAACAAUGCACAUCUAGCAACAUUAAUUCAUUUCCUCAGAGGACUCUAAAGUCUAUAGUUUUGGUCUUAUUUUGAGUUUAAAACACAACUGACUGCAUCCAGUACAGUAACUGCUGUAAAUUAGAGCGUCUGGACUUUCCUGAAGUUCCUCACCAGUUUGUUGGUGCAGCAGAGGGAGCUGUAGGGCAGAGGAAACGGUAUGAAAAAGAGAGAGAGAGAGAGAGAGAGAGAGAGAGAGAAAGAAAGAGAGAACACAACACCGUCACAUCCCUCAAGCCGAAAUACACGGCAGCUGAAAGCUAAAGACUCAGCGCUGAACUCUGUACACUGCAGUGGGCUGCCGGGUGGAAUAGAGGUUAUAAAAUCUUCCCCAUUGCUGUAAUAUUCCACAGAGUGACCCAAACAUCUGACUCAACACACACUCAAUGUGAACUUCUCAAAAUGCAUUUCUGUUUUGUCCCAGUUUCAGUUUAAUAAGAAUGUCCUGAAUGUUAUUGUGAAUAAAUACAGCCUACAUGUGUAACUAUUUAUGGGAUUAAAGAUAUAAUUAUGGAAAAGAAAGAAAAAAAGUUUAUUGCAUACUUUUGUAGAUGUUUUUUGUUAUUUGUAUAACAUCUUACCACCUUUUGUACAUUUUGCAUUUAUUUCCAUAUUUAUAUAAACUGCCUUCAUAAUAAAGUGACAACAGGCUUCGAAAAAA